AUGGAUAGUGAGAGAUUGAGCGAUUGUAGGCGGAGUGCAAGGUUAGGCGAAAGCAAUUGUUGAAGGAGUAAUGGAGCAGAGCUCGAGCCGGACUGGAGCGGUCAUGGAGUGAGGGAGAAGUGAAGGAGGAGCUGAGGAGGCACCCAACGCAUAUUAGGAGACAGUUCCAUGGAUGCUGGGCAUUCUACAGUUGUUCGCCCAAGUGGCCAUUCAUCCUGUGUGAGCCUAGAUGGCAAUCAGGGUCACAGGCUGGGAAAACAUCAUCAGGAUGAUGCAAGAGGAUCACCAUGCACAAUGGAAGCAGUUGGAGCAGAAGGAGAGAAUGAAAAAACCUUGAUAAGGCUAAAAAAACAAGUGGCAGACUUCCAACACAAUUUUCAAAAUGCUGAGCACCAUGGAGAAAUCAGAGACUUGCAAGGAUUAACAAUCACAAGUAAUGAUGAACCACAGCCAGUGACUCCAGGAAAAAUGAGUCUGCGCCAGGGUAGAGAAACAUUACAUCCUCAAACUAAAGAAAUAGUCCAUUCAUCGCUCAGUCCUGGAACUGGCAGCAAUCACGGUUUGGACAAAGGUAGAGAUGAUGUGUCUCUCUCAAAGGAUGAUGCUACACACACAAUAUCAAAAAGCAAGUCAGAAUCUAAGCUUUACAAUGGAACAGAAAAAGAUCUUGUCUCACCUGGGAGUAAACUCACAAAAAAAGAAUCUCUUAAGGUUCAAAAGAAAAAUUACAGAGAAGAGAAAAAAAGAGCCACAAAGGAGUUGCUCAGCAGUAUUACUGAUCCCUCUGUAAUAGUGAUGGCAGACUGGCUGAAGAUUCGUGGAACUUUAAAAAGUUGGACAAAGUUAUGGUGUGUGCUGAAGCCUGGAGUGUUGUUGAUCUACAAAACCCCAAAGAAUGGUCAGUGGGUGGGAACAGUGCUUCUGAAUGCUUGUGAACUCAUUGAGCGACCAUCAAAGAAGGACGGCUUUUGUUUCAAAGUUUUUCACCCUUUGGAGCAGUCAAUCUGGGCUGUAAAGGGUCCUAAAGGUGAAACCGUUGGGUCCAUAACUCAGCCACUACCCAGUAGUUACCUGAUAUUUCGAGCUGCUUCAGAAUCUGAUGGAAGAUGUUGGAUGGAUGCUUUGGAACUUGCACUGAAGUGUUCAAGUCUCCUUAAGCGAACCAUGAUUAGAGAAGGCAAAGAAUCUGAUCCAUACACCUCAGAAAACUGCCACGUGGCGCUUUUUGGUCUACUGCGAGCAAAUGCUCUCCAAACUCCAGAACAUGACCAGUUGAAUGAAAGUGAAAUAGAACAGCAGCACUUCAGAGACCAUGACCUUUACUCAGAUAAAUCAGAUCGUGAGAAUGAUCCUGACCAUGAGGAAUCAGAUAAUGAUGCACUAGAAAAAAGUGGAAAAAGUGAGGAAAGUGACUCUGAUAUAUCAGAAAGACAUGAUGACCUGCACAGUGAUCUGCAACCUGUGGAUACAGUUGAGGAAACAAGUUACGUAGAAGAAAACCAUGAAGAGUUGGGAGAGACAGGUGAAGAUUCUCAGACAGAAGUCGUAUCUGAAGAAAACAAAAGUCUGAUAUGGACUCUACUGAAACAAGUUCGGCCAGGAAUGGACCUCUCCAAAGUAGUGCUCCCUACAUUUAUCCUGGAGCCGAGGUCGUUCCUAGACAAGUUAUCAGACUACUACUAUCAUGCAGAUUUUCUAUCACAAGCUGCAGCAGAGGAAAAUCCAUACAGUCGCUUGAAGAAAGUGACAAGAUGGUAUUUGUCUGGCUUCUACAAAAAACCAAAGGGUUUGAAAAAACCAUACAAUCCAAUUAUUGGUGAAACGUUCCGGUGUAAGUGGAUUCACCCGAAAGCAAACAGCAGGACGUUUUACAUUGCGGAACAGGUGUCUCAUCAUCCUCCUGUGUCUGCAUUCUAUGUCAGUAAUAGAAAAGAUGGGUUUUGCAUCACUGGCAGCAUCUUGGCCAAAUCAAAGUUUUAUGGUAAUUCAUUAUCUGCCAUAUUGGAUGGUGAAGCAAGACUUUCUUUCCUCAACCGAGGGGAAGACUAUGUGAUGAGUAUGCCCUACGCUCAUUGUAAAGGAAUUGUUUAUGGUCCAAUGACUCUUGAACUUGGAGGCCAUGUUAAUAUCACCUGUGAGAAAACUGGCUACAGUGCAAUUAUCGAAUUCAAAUUGAAGCCAUUUUUAGGCAACAGCAACAAUGUUAAUCAGAUAUUUGGAAAACUCAAGUUGGGAUCAGAGGUUUUGGCGACUCUGGAAGGACACUGGGAUGGUGAAGUAAUAAUCAAUGACAAAAAGACUGGUGUAUCAGAAACAUUCUGGAACCCCACAUCUGAAAUCCGACAGCAGAGACUAACCAGGUGCACUGUGCUCUUUGAUGAGCAGGAAGACAUGGAGUCAGCAAAACUGUGGCGACAUGUAACACAUGCAAUACACAACAAGGACCAAAAUGAAGCUACAAAUGAAAAGUUUGUCCUGGAAGAAACUCAACGUAAAGCUGCCAAACAGCGGAAAGCAAAGGGAGAGGAAUGGGUUCCUCGCUUGUUUGAACAAGAACUAGUGACUGGAGAGUGGCAGUACAAAUACGCAGACACCCGGCCCUGGGACCCACUCAAUGACCUCGUUCAGUUUGAAAAAGAAGGUGUCAUCCAGUCCAAAGUUUGGCACCGAACUCCAAUGGUACGUUCUGCCAGUAUAAUUAGUCUCAGUAACCAAGGGGGAAGGAAAGACAAUUACAAGCGUCAGGUCUCUGCACCAAAACGUACCCGGAAUAAGCAAAGUGGGCAGCAGAGUCCUGAAAGUGGAUGUUCCAGUCCAGAACUAGAUCAGCAGGACUCAUCAGAAAGUGAAAGAAUAGUGCCAGAAGACUGGACGAUAGCAAAUGUUGUCCCCUUGUUCAAGAAGGGGAGUAGAGACAACCCUGAACAAAAGUCAGCGAAACACAGCACCAGAUUGAGGAAGAAGGCAAAUGAUCUUACUGAAAUUCUGAGUGCCAUAGAUUCAAUAAAGCGUGCACAGGAGGAGAUCAACAGAAGUUUGACAGCUCUGAGGACUCGAACAGUGGCAAACCAGUCUAAUGCAAAUCACUCCCUCUUGCAGCACAGAGACUAUGCGGUUAUUAUCUUCCUUAUCCUGCUUCAAAUUAUUAUUAACUCCAUAUUCAAUUAACCAUGACCAGAAUCAAACACAGCCAUAUUUCAGAGCAACCUGGAUCGGUUAUUUUAAGGUUUGUUCUUCAUUAUAUGUGGAUCACUAACUAUAAGGGUGCCAGGCAUUAUGUUGGACUAAAUGUGCUUCUAAUUUGAUGACAAAAUUCUUCAAAACAUUUUCAUUGCGUGUAUGAUAUUAUGUAUAUUUAAUUAUCUUGAGUCAAAUGCAAUGCUUUAAAACAAAUUCUCCAUGCUCGUUGAUGCUCCAUAUAUAACUGGCUAGAUACAAGGAUCAAUUUUUACAACUGUAGUUAAGCCAGUUUUAGCAGAAGCCAUAAACUAAAUAAUGUGCAAAUGUUAGAAUGCCACUAACUGCAAAAAUACUCGUCCAAUAUACAGAAGUGCUUUUUGAAUAAUUUCUGAAUGCUGUUUUGAGAAUUCCCUGUUAACUAGUGCUUAGUUUAUGAGUGUUACAGUACCUUAACAGAGACAAGUGAGCUUAGCAUACAUGUUUAGUUUGGAGUGUAAAAUACUUUUUAGCAAGGUCAAAAGUAUACUUGUAUUUAAAAGGUCAAAAUGUAUUCUUUUGUGACAGGAUGUUGAAGAAUGUAAAGCAGUGCCUUCUUGAUGAUUUCACACUGGGGUGUGUUCAGUAUAUAACAAACAUGAUGGGGCUGUGCCAUAGGGGAAAAUGCCUUAUAACAUUCCAAAUGUGGAGUUUUGUCUUUAAGUUUAUUUUGAUGUCUCAAGUUGUCAUGACCAAACACUGCCAUUAAAACCUGUAUGGUAGCUUGUAAAGAUAGAUUUUAUUCUGGUCAUUUACAGUAAAAUUAAUCUGAACAUAUCUUUAACAAGUUGAGUUUAUUCCUGACUUUGCGUCAAUUAUUCCUGUUUUGUGCACGUUUGGUUAUGUGUAACUUUUUUUGUCUGUCCCAACCUGUAAAAAUAACAGGAUUGCAUUGUAAUUGCUAUUCUGGGUGUAUUAUACUAAGGUUAUUUCUGUAAAACUAGAAAGUGUUUAAACCAGCAUCUUUCGAAAUGUUAUUGUUGCAUCAACCUAUGGUGACUGUUUAAAACAAACUGAUUAUGCUCUAAAGGACCAGUGUUGUACUUUUUAUGAACUAAAAGAAGUUGGACAUGUGUGAUUGGAGAAAACCAUUGGAGGGAUCAUGUGAAUGUUUUAUCAAUUAUACCUAUGUAUUUAUUCAUAAAACAAUCUUUUGUUAACUAAGAUUUAUCAAAAUUCUUUGUUUCCAUAAAUUCCGUAUUUUCACAAGGUUCACUUAACCAAUAAAAU